GAACUCGCGAUUCUCCAGCCUCAGCCUCUGGAGCCGCUGAGAUUACAAGGGGGCACCUCUGCGCCCUGCUGCACCAACCCAUUUUAAAACAUAGAUUUCAAAAAUCACACUCCUUAAAGAAAAAAAAUUUUUUUCUUCUGCACCAUGCUGCAACGCGGGAGUACUGAGGACAUUCUCCUGGGGUCACAAGCCGAACACAAGACCGACCCUUCCUAGCCAUGAGGAAAUCACUUCCAUAAAGGAAUUGCUGCAUCCCGAGAGGGCUUGACCUGUCCUUGGAAGGGCGGUCCCCAGGUGUAGACCACAGUCCCCACAAAAUAGAGUGAGCUCCAUUGCCAAAGACCCUGCGAUGGUACCCACAGCCUCCCGUGCAAAGCAGGGGUCGCGCUGACCCGAGCCCAAGACAGUACUCAGGACUGCCGCUAGUGUGUAGACUUGCUCAGCUCACAAAGCACUGGAGGCUGCCGCGAGCCUGAGCGCAGGCGCUGCGGGGCGGAGGCAGAGGGGACACGCCGCUAUCAGGCCCAGACGCCAGGCCACUCUCAGGCCCACGUCACUGUGGUGGGCCUUCCGCAGGCCUAAAGCUACGAGCGGCUGGAGGGCGGGAAGCGACCCGCGGGUUUGCACCUGCACUGCCGGGUCGCCCCUCCCCUCUCACCACAGCCCAGCGCUGGCCUCCUUCCUCUUCCGCCCCUCGAGUUUCCCCAGUCUACUGCCGUGCCCCGCCCCGCUCGCGCGGCUGCCUGGCCGGCUGUGACGUCACCAGACCCCGCCCACUGGCUAUAAAUACUGGCGUCUCCGGCACCGCCUUCCCACACUCUUUGGCUCUUCUCGCGGCUGAAGCGUUUCCUCUUUUUCACCCUGUUGUCGCCUUCUCUGCCUCYUCUUUUCCUUUCACGUUCUGCUGCUCUGCGGUGUGACGAGGCCAAAUCCUCUCCCCACCCAGCCCGCGACUUUCUCCUUUUACCCGCGCUGCUCCAUUUCUCUCUGGCCGCCGCUGCCACUGCUGCUCAGCUGGUGUCGGUGCCGCGCUUUUCUCCCCACGUCGUCCCCGCAGCCUAUGGCCCAGGCCGCCUUGGGUAUUUCUGCUCAAGGUAACCACAUCCCUCUUUAAAAAUUCCGCCRAAAAAGAGAAGACGCUUUACCCGACUCUUUGGGCCGUUAUCUCACGGCGAACUUUCUGACCAAGUAUACAACUACCCAGAAGGCCUAGGAGAAGUGCUGUAUAGAGAGCAGUUCGACUUUAACGCCGAGCCACCUUGGGAACCUAGCUGAUGAUAGGGGGGUUCCAUCUCCUAACUUGUCCAUGGAGGUCUUCACUUCAGAAAUCCAAGACUCAUAUUCAUCCAGCUUGGUGUCAAGUGGGCUGUUGCUGCCAGAAUUAUCUUGUGAUUAUUUGAGAGAUGUAUCAGUUUCUUCUGAAGUACAAUCAACUGUAGAAGCCUUUGUAGCAGUUUGUUGCAUAUUCUAAGGACCCAGACAUAGGCUUGGUGGCCCGUCUCUUGUUUUUCCUGGUUUAUGACUUUCGGCUUUGUGGAAUACGGCUGAGAUGAAAGGAUUUAUUGACGAUGCAAACUACUCUGUUGGCCUGUUGGAUGAAGGAACAAACCUUGGAAAUGUUAUUGAUAACUAUGUUUAUGAACAUACUCUUACAGGGAAAAAUGCAUUUUUCGUGGGGGAUCUUGGAAAGAUUGUGAAGAAACACAGUCAGUGGCAGAAUGUAGUGGCUCAGAUAAAGCCAUUUUACACAGUGAAGUGCAACUCUACUCCAGCUGUACUUGAGAUUUUGGCAGCUCUUGGAAUUGGAUUUGCUUGUUCCAGUAAAAAUGAAAUGGCUUUACUGCAGGAAUUGGGUGUAUCUCCAGAAAAUAUCAUUUACAUAAGUCCUUGCAAGCAAGUUUCUCAGAUAAAGUAUGCAGCAAAAAUUGGAGUAAAUAUCAUGACAUGUGACAGUGAGAUUGAAUUGAAGAAAAUCGCACGAAAUCAUCCAAAUGCCAAGAUUGUUUUUCAUUAGGUUCACUUGAUUCAUCCAUCGCUGGAUUUGGGAGCACUGACAACAUAAUCAACACACUUCCUACAAUCUUCAGGCUUCAAAUGUGCUGAUGAUGAUGUAAACCAACUCUGCCCCAAUCAUCUUCCUCUUCUCUUAGGGUCUUACUACAUAUUGCAACAGAAGAUACUAUUGGAGGUGAAGAGGGUAGCAUGAAGUUUGGCACUACACUGAAGAACUGUAGGCAUCUCUUGGAAUGUGCUAAGGAACUUGAUGUCCAAAUAAUUGGGGUCAAAUUUCAUGUUUCAAGUGCUUGCAAAGAAUCUCAAGUAUACGUACAUGCUCUAUCUGAUGCUCGAUGUGUAUUUGACAUGGCUGGAGAAUUUGGUUUUACAAUGAACAUGUUAGACAUUGGUGGAGGCUUUACAGGAACUGAAUUUCAAUUGGAAGAGGUUAAUCAUGUUAUCAGCCCUCUGUUGGAUAUCUACUUUCCUGAAGGCUCUGGCAUUAAGAUAAUUUCAGAACCUGGAAGCUACUAUGUGUCUUCUGCAUUUACACUUGCAGUUAAUAUCAUUGCAAAGAAAGUUGUCGAAAAUGAUAAAUUUUCCUCUGGAGUAGGAAAAACCGGGAGUGAUGAACCAGCUUUUAUGUAUUAUAUGAAUGAUGGUGUUUAUGGUUCUUUUGCAAGUAAACUAUCUGAGGACUUAAAUACCAUUCCAGAGGUUCACAAGAAAUACAAGGAAGAUGAGCCUCUCUUUACAAGCAGCCUUUGGGGUCCAUCCUGUGAUGAGCUUGAUCAGAUUGUGGAAAAUUGUCUACUUCCUGAGCUGAAUGUGGGUGAUUGGCUUAUCUUUGAUAACAUGGGAGCAGAUUCUUUCCAUGAACCAUCUGCUUUUAAUGAUUUUCAGAGGCCAGCUAUUUAUUACAUGAUGUCAUUCAGUGAUUGGUAUGAGAUGCAAGAUGCUGGAAUUACUUCAGACACAAUGAUGAAGAACUUCUUCUUUGUGCCUUCUUGCAUUCAGCUGAGCCAAGAAGACAGCUUUUCCACUGAAGCUUAAACAGGCAUUCAUGCUUCUUUAGAUCUGAAGUUAGCAGGUUAAGCUUGUCUGGUCUACAUUCCGGUGAAAAAAAAUUAAACAAUCUUAUUCUGUUAAUUCUCUUGGAAACAAAAAUUAAUAGUAAUAGCUAUUUGGGACCAGACGAAAUCAGCUUUCAUUUAUAAUUCAUUUGGGGGGUAAUGGGAGAUAUAGAUAAUGUAUCCAGAUUUAAACUUACCAGUUUGAACAGCCCCUUAAGUGUUUAAAAUAAAAUAUGCAACAAAAUGGAUGACUUAGUGGAGAUGGAAGCCCACUAAUUGGGUUCCCCAUUAAACCGUUUACAUACAAGUACACAGUUUUUAUACUAAGGAUUCGUGUUUAAAAGUCUUGUAAAGUUAAUGUCUUUCACCCAGAUAUAUCAGAUAUCAGUGGAAGGCAAACGUGACUUCAUUAGAUACGUUUAGUGUAUUUAGAAUGUGUAAAUUUGUGCUUUGAACUGUAGUUUAAUAAAUGUAAAAUUGCAUCAUAGUAUUUGUUGUAUUUGACCUAAUGUAACCCUUGUAUGAUUGCAAUAAAAUUUUGUGUAGAUUUUACUGUUUUUUCAGGCUAAAACUUUGGGAAAGGGGCUAGAUAGGAAAGGUAGUUUUGAAAUAGAUGUGUAUAUGGUCUGUUUUGAGGGUUAUUUUUCUUUAUAGCCCAUUUAAGUUUAGUUUGGCUUAGUCCAUUUUUUUUCAGUUAUUUAAUUAGUAAUUUAAAGUGUGGUAAAUCAUUGUGAAGUUCAGAUUCAUUAAUGGAGAGUUGAUGUGCAUUAAGCAUGAUGUUUAACCAUUUUAACACCAAAACUGUUAAUCCUGCAUAAACCAAUUGUAACAAUUAGUAGGUGUUUCUGUAUAGGUAGAAUGCAUAGAGUACCUUAGUAAAUCUUUGAAUCACAAAUCUUUCGGCUGACAUGGAAGAUUCUAUUAAAUACUUUGAAUAAACUUGGUUGGGGGGAGGGAGAUAAAAUUGCAGAAAACUGCAGAGCACUAAAACUUAUAGAAGGGCUACAUCUAUAACCAGAAAUCUGAUGCUCUUUUGCACAGAAUAUUUAAAUUCAGAAUGGGGAGGGGGUAUGGGGUGAAGCACACUUAAUUUUUUCUUUUUUCUUCAAUUUUUUAAUUGCAGUGAUUUAAAAUUUUAGGAUUCUCUUUUUGUUAUUGGUUUGAACUAUUCCCUUAGUUUCUUGUUUGUUUUUCUAUUUGUUCAGCUUAGCAAUUCCUUUAAAAUCUUUCAUACUAAAAUUUUAUGGUGGUUGGGGAAGGGACUUAGCAGCACUAACCUGACAGUUGUCAGGAAUUUGCUUUGUUCACUGCUAGUGUAUUAGUAAUCCUAGAUCUCAGAAUCACAAUAGUAAUAAAAUAAACAACAGGGGUCAUUUUUUCCUAACUUACUCUAUGUUCAGAUGUGGAAUUUCUGUCCCCCAAGAGGAAAUGUGACUUCACUUUGGUGCCAAUGGACAGAAAAUUCUACCUGUGCUACAUAGGAGAAGUUUGGAAUGCACUUAAUUGCUGGUUUUUACACCUUGAUUUCAAGGUGGAAAGAAAUCGAUCAUGAAUCUCUAAUUUCAAUCUCAAACCAGUAGGUGCUUAAUGUUUUUGAUUUAAUUAAUGCCCAUUUUUGAAUUUCAUGGGUUCUACUAAAAAAUUUAGGACCCCAAUCCAUUGUCCUCUAAUUGCCCUUGGACUUUACCAAGGUAUAAUGGGGUUUUAUGCAAAAUUCCAAUUUACCAUGCAAUCUUUUUUUUUUUUUUUUUAUUAACUGAAAUGAGAAGAAAUAACACUCUACCUUCUUCAUAUAUUGUUGGUUAUUGUGGUCCAGAAAUGCCAAAUCCUUUAAAAGAUGGUACAAGUUUUGAGUCAUUUGGCUUAACUUUACAGGCUUGAGCUUCAUGGCAUGUCAAUUUUGCCAUCCCAUAGGAGAGCAACAGUUCAGAGUUGCAGGUAUCACAUGUGAAUGAUAUAUGUGAAUGAAACUUUUAAGAAAUGUCUGUAUUGUAUUUGAAGACUGUUUACCAUAAAUCUGAAGUUUGAACCUUAUGUAUUUCAAUUUGGUAUGCUAACAACUGAAUUAAUGUAAAAUCUUUUUAUAUACUAUUGUAAUCUCAGUUCAAAAUUUAACUGAAAAUAUAAAACCCAAAUGAUUUCUAUAUAGUAAAUUGAACUGUAAAGGUAACUUGUGUGUGGUUCUGAAUACACAGAUAAAAUGUUUUUAUUCCUCCUCAUGUUUUACUUUGAUGGCUUCUGUCACAAAUAGAGGUGAGAUUUUACAUUUCAGCUUU